AUGUCCUCAUCCUCCAUCAUAACGAUUCUCUGCUCAAUCCUCCGCUCAAACCCCAUGAUUGCCUUUUUGAGCGUUGGCAACCUGUCAAUCUAUGUCGCCAUAGUCCUCCUCGCAAACUUGACCAACGCCAGACUGUACUUGCUUGUGGCUCUGUGUGUCCUUCUCAGUUACAUCUUGGACAUCGUCGAACUUCAGGAUACCGCAUCUAAAUCUGGCUGGCCUUUGCAAAGCAAGAAAAAAAUGGUUUGUGUCGUCACUGAGAUGCUUUGCUUCUCGCUUGCCGCGGUGGCUAUUUGGAGGAAGUUCUUGUCCCUUUGGGAGUAGUAUGAGUUAUCAAUAUGCCUCAAAAAUGGACGGUCUUGUUGAUUAUUACUUGCAGAGGGGGCUUUGAUAAUUUAAGCUCGUGUCGGGAACGUGCUUGAGUGACUCUUGCGAUGCAGCGG